AUGACGUCGGAUUCCAGACCAGCCCAACCACGACGCAGCAGUGGCUCUGGCUCGUCGAGAAACCUCCCCAUCCACCAUCACCCCGGCAAGCAAAAACCCACGACACAGACACCAGCACAGAUCCAAAACCAAUCACCGCACGUGGCAGACCCUUUCCUCUCUGACUUUUUGAACCCUUCCUUCGACCCCGUCGCAUACCUCAACUCCGUCCUCCCGCCCUUACAGAGCAGCAGCGGCCGCUCCUCGGCAGCGGCGUCUGCGCGCCAACCGGCAAGCAUCGGCGGCGGCGGCGGAGGCGGCAGCACCGCUUCGAAGCCCGUGCCGCUGGCCGAGCUCUCGUCCCAGGCCCAGUCCCAGAUCAACCAGCUUAACAUCCACACCACUCGGCUGGCCGCCACCCUCACCCAGCUGACCGACGACAUCCUCCGCAGCGGCAGCCGGCUCGCCUACGAGGUCGAGCUGCUGCGGGGCGAGACCCUCGGGCUGGCCGAGACACUGACCGAAGGGCUGAGCGAUGACGUCGCAAAGUUUGUUCCCGGCGGCGUGGGUGCCGCCACAGCCGCAGCGACCAGGCAGCCGCCGAGGGUGACGGCGGCUGCGGCGCACGAAGAGGGCUCGGGGCAGCAGCAGCGCGGCGUCGAGGAGGAGCAGGAUGGUGCGGCAGGGCCCCGAUCCUCGGAACCGCCCUACAUCGCGCAGCUCCGCACCUUGACCCUCGUCAGGUCGCGGCUGGAGUCGGUCAUCAAGACGUUUGGAGACGCCAUGGAGUUUGUCUUCCCGCCGUCCGAGGUUUCGGUGAGCUCGGGCUUCCUGUCCGUCUCCGCCCCGGACCCCGGCAAGGAGGCACACAGCACUGAGGAGAAGGGCCAGCAGGUACUAAGGGACCUGCGGAAAGAGAUAUCCGGGCUGCUGGCCGUGUCGGAUCCCAAAGGUAUCGAGGACGCUGUUCACCGCAUCGAAGGACUCAAGGAUUUGAACAAGGUUUGGCAAGGUACAGCUGAAGAGAAAGGUCGGACCAGGUUUCUGGAGACUCUCGCGAAACUCGUCGAGGACAGGCAUCGCGAGUUGCUGCGGGAGCUCGAACAGGCCAAGAGGGAUAACGAGAGGCUUGAUUCUGCUGCAGGCGGAGGCAAUUCUUCGGCAAAGAAGACGACGGCUGCCAACACUGCGAACGCCAGUGAAAGCAGGGGCUACGGCGGAGGGUAUGGUUUCAUUAGCCAGCUGCAGAAAAUUCGGGGUGGGUUGUGA